AUGGAAGAAGGCAACUUCCUUACUCAGUGCUGGAACUCUAAAGGCAUGCAUUCGCUUCCAUUUUUUUGUUUUUAUGAAGAAAAGGAUGCAAAUGGUGAAAGAAUAGAGGAAGAGUUGGGCUAUUAUGCCAGAAACAACCACCUAAGUGGCCUUGCUACGUGCCGGGCUGGGAAUGGAAAUCAAGCACAAGGAGAAGAUGUAAAACAGUUUUGGAAGGAUGUUGAACUCAAAAAAAUCGAGUCAGAAAAUAAAUUACUGGGAGUGAAAAUAAAGCAAGCUGAACUUCAGUUUUCUGUUGAUCGUACUUUGGUAGGGAAUGAAGCUUAUAUAAUCUUAGACCAGAAAAAAUUAGAUUAUGCCUUGAACUCGAAUAGUGCUCUGAAAAAUAUCAGAAAGCAUUUGGCAGAUGGUGAGGAAAAAACAGAUACAGGACCUUGGCAAUAUAUAGGGCCGACCCAACGAAAAGCAAUUGGUAAAAAAGGGGAUGCAUUUGUUAGGACGUUUGGUUCGACAUCAACUGGUUGGGUGGCGUCAGAAGCUGGACAAAAGUGGGAGGGUGCACAUGGCACCAAGUUUAUGGAAGAGACCAGUCUGAGUUUAUAA